UUUCUCUCCCUCUCUUCCUCUGUCUCUCUCCUCUCCCUUUCCCUCAUACAUCGGUGUGCGCACCCCCGUUCCCCUUGACUCGCCGCACCAACCCUCUCUCGCGCGCGCCUCGGCGCCUCGUCCUCCUCCGGUGCCGAUGCCGCAGUACCGACUGCUUUCCGCGGAAGGUGGAAACCCGUGUAACGCAGCCGUAUAUAGAUUUUCAAUUAGUCAAGGGGCGGCCGUGGAGAAAAUUAUGUGUCGCGUGUCACCACGAGUCGCCGCAAGUACUUGAAACACUCGUCGCUGCCGUCACAAUUCGCCGCUGUCAGCAUCAUACUCUUUGGAUUUUACCGACGCAAUUCUCGUUUGCGCGCGCGAGUGCGAAGCCGCGUGCAUCUCUUGCGCGCGGGUAUAACCGCGUUGCAUCGCGCGCGUGUUCUCUCCUUCGUUCGCUCGACUGGCCAACGUGGAAAGAUCGAUUUCCCACCGGCGACUCUCCAACGAAUUCGAAACGUUUGGAAAAAAAAAAAGUAUAAAAAAGCGCGCGUACGAGUUCGCCGCGGCCGAGUGUUUACCAGGAUCACAUUGUGGUCUCGGUCCUUUCCUCUUCUCCCAUCCGUCCUGUGUGAGGAGCGAUGAUAACUCGUCGCCAGUGACGACGGUCGCGGGAGUUGGGAGAUAGGUCGAUCUCCUUUACCUGCCGCCGUCGUGUUGCGCUGUGCCGAGCGCCGAGCGCCGAGCGCAUCAUCGUCGCGGAGCGUUCCCGACGAUCCUGGAGAAUCACUCGCGGGAGCGAGGAUGUUGCGCGCGGCCUUCGCCGUCCUACUGCCCCGGCUCCUCGUAUUGUCGUCGCUGCUGAUCCAUUCAGGCGUCGUCGUCGUCGUCGUCGCCCUACGCAUGACGUCCCUGCAGAUACCGGAGCACGUCGUGCUGAAUGAGACGGUGCGCAUGCAGUGCAACUUUAACUUGGACAAAGAGCUAUUGUACUCCGUGAAGUGGUACAAGGAUGGCCACGAAUUUUAUCGCUAUACACCCAGAGACGCGCCCAUGGUGCUAACGUUCCCGGUGCCUGGCGUAAACGUAAACAGGGACGAGUCCACCGAGAGUUCGGUUGUCUUGAACAACGUGAAUCUGACGAGCUCGGGGAGGUAUCGAUGCGAGGUGUCGGGCGAGGCCCCCGCUUUUGAGACAGUCUCUGAUCACGGGGACAUGACUGUAGUUGUUCUACCUAACGAAGGACCGCAGAUAACCGGUGGUCGUUCCAAGUAUCAAGUCGGCGAUGUCGUUCACAUGAACUGCACGUCGGCACCUUCUAAACCACCUGCGCUAUUGUCUUGGUUCAUCAACGACGAGCCGGUUAACACCGACUACCUGAUAGGGCCCAAUAUCGUCAACGAAGGGAAUGGCCUGGAGACCGCGAGACUCGGUCUGAAAUUCCGCGUCGCGAACAAGCACUUCAGGCGAGGCGACAUGAAGCUAAAGUGCUUGGCCACAAUAGCCACGGUCUAUCUACAGAGCAACGAAGAGAGCGUGGAGGGCGACGAGAGCAUUCUGAAAACGCCUAUAAUGGAGAGUCGCGAGACCCGGGCACAGAGCCACACUCGCGAGGAUCUGACGAACGGAUCCGCAAGUGUUGCAGUCCAAUGGACGAUCCUCAUCGCUCUGAUUACAUCGAUCGCAGUCGCGCGAUAAUAAUGACGAACGUUUCUUUUUCCUUUUUUUUUCUUCUCCCCUUUCUUUUCUUUUUCCACGUUGCUUCCUAAUCAUGUAAACGUUAUACGAGAGAUCGGUUUCACCCUAUCUACUACUAAUUCCUAAUUCGCAUAAAAUAAAGCGAUACCAAUAUGCAUAUAAUAAGUGUACACGUCCAUUUACACGUCGUCGCAGCGUAUGAUAAAAUCUACAAUUAGGGUAACCAUCCCUCUUAGUGUGCCUUUA